AUGACGACAGACAAGCCCCCGUCUGUCACAGCCAGACAGGACGCUGGUGCUGAGAUUGCCCGUGGAGUCUGCGGCUCGUAUUUCAGGAAUUUGGCCAACUGGUGCCAGAUCAAUUCAGCUAGCAGGAACCAAACUCUCAGACUUCAAGUGGUCCGGCAGAUCUCUCUAGUCAGGUGUAUACAGGGACUUAACUAUGGUUUAACUGUGGACAACUCUUACAUCUGGGUGACCGGACUUUGUGAGGCCGAGUUCUCGGUGCUGUUGACAGAGACAAGCACAACAAAUCCUACGCUACCACAAGCACCUACCUCAACGUUGCCUAGUAAACCGUUGCCUAGCAACGAUAAGAAAGACCAGUGUGGUGCCGCCAACUACUACCGCAUCAUAGGCGGUACCGGUGCCAGCCCAUGUCAGUACCCGUGGAUGGUGAUGGUGACCAACUCCCUGACAGAGACCAUGUGUGGUGGCGCCAUCAUCGACAGCAUACACGUGCUCACAGCCGCACACUGCUUCUACGCCGCUGACAAAAGAACAGGGGAGAUGACCAAGGCACUUCCUGGACAGAUUGUUGUGUUGACCGGCUCCACGGUCAUUGACCUCAAGACUUUGACAGGGUUAAAGGUCAGAUUUGUCGCUAAGCUGUCCACGCAUGAGCUGUACAACAGUAAAACAUUAGCCAAUGACAUCGCUGUCCUGAGGCUGACCAGUCCAAUCGAGUUUGACCGCUGCCACCAGCCCGUGUGUCUGGUCAACCACACCAUGGACGUGCAUCAGGCGAGCCACUGUCGCGCCAUGGGCUGGGGCGUCAACAGCAACGAUGUGACGUCAUCAGCCCAGUCAACAUUACAGUGGAUUGACAUGCCGGUUGUUGAUGACGUCACCUGCAGACAACAGUACCGGUCCCUGGUCACGCCCUCCACGUUCUGUGCUGGAGCCAAGGGCAAGGACACAUGCCGGGGAGACUCCGGCGGUCCUUUCAUCUGUCGUGACGACGGCCCACGGUACCACGUGUAUGGUGUGGUGUCAGCUGGACUAGACCAACAGUGUGGCAACUACGUGGGUCUCUACACCAAGGUCUCCAGCUUCUUGGGCUGGAUAGGUCGGGUCACAGCGACAUAG